GCUGCGAGCGAAGCCGCGAGAGCCACCCUCUCAUGGGCGCCCCUUAGCCCGGCGGCUUCGCUGGCGGGCGCGCCCCUCCUGCACCCAGCCGGGCCUCCUCGUCGCUCCCUCCGCCUCGCCCUCAGGAUGCUCCCGAGCCCCGCCACGUCCACCCCCUUCUCGGUCAAGGACAUUCUCAAACUGGAGCAGCAGCAGCAGCAGCAGCAGCAGCAGCAGCAGCAGCAGGAGCAGCAGCGCCUCGAGAUCCCCCUCGAACCGCCCUUCCCCGUCGCGGCCGUCGCCUCCUGCUUGCUGGGCUGCCGGUUCUCCGACGGGGAGGACGACGAGGAGGACGAAGACAAGUUGCCCUUGUUAAGCUCCAUGGCGCUGCCGGUUGCGAGGAGCCAAGGAGACGGGGGCCUCUCUCCGGGGAGCUACGUGCAGGCGAUGCUGCGGAGCACCUGCGAGUCCAAGGGCCUCGUGGAGGAGGGAGAGCUGGCGCGGGACGCAGGAGCAGGGAAGGAGGCCGCGGAGGAGUCGCCGGACCGGCCCAAGGCGCGCGGCCGGAGGAAGCCGCGGGUGCUCUUCUCGCAGGCGCAGGUCUUCGAGCUGGAGCGGCGCUUCCAGCAGCAGCGCUACCUGUCGGCCCCCGAGCGGGAGCUGCUGGCCAGCAGCCUCAAGCUCACGUCCACGCAGGUCAAGAUCUGGUUCCAGAACCGGCGCUACAAGUGCAAGCGGCAGCGGCAGGACAAGGCCUUGGAACUGGGCGGCCCGACGGCGGGCGCCCCGCAGCAGCAGCCCCCGCCGCCGCCGCGCAGGGUGGCCGUGCCGGUGCUGGUGCGCGACGGCAAGCCGUGCCUGGGCGGCUCGCAGGCCUACAGCACGCCCUACAACGCCAACGCCGCCUACCCUUACAACGGCUUCCCCAACUACGCCUACGGCGGCUCCCCCGCGGCGGCGUACAGCGCCGGCUACGGCUGCAGCUACCCGGCGGGCGGCGGCGGGGGCCCGUCGGUGCAGCCGCCCGCUGGGCCCUACGUGAACAUGACUGGCUUCCCCGGCGGCGCUCAGCCGCUGCACCAGGGGACGGCCGGCCCUUCCUGCACUCAGGGCAUCCGAGCGUGGUAGCCCCGCCGGACGGAGCAGCCCCUGCAGUGCCGCGCUGCACAGCCAGGGCAGAGACGGAGCGCCGCCCCGCCGCCCGCGCCGCCCGAACCUGCUUCUGCGCCAGCGGUGGGCCAGCUGCGUGGCCAGGCAGAGAGACUCACUCAGG